UACGCAUGUAGUAACAAAUGGCGUGCAUAGUUUUUCCGGUCUAGAUUGUUUACCUGUAACUUUCUGAUUUUGUGACAUUCCACACAGAUUUGAAUUUUGCUGCAUCUAAGUCACAAACAACAGCCAUGUCUCGCCGUUCGAGUCGAUCGUCCAUAUCCGAUGGUGAACUCAUCUUAGACUGUAAGGCAGCGUAUAGGGAGGUCUUAGACGACAUCAGGAAAGACAUCACAAGCAAGUCUGUUCUCCUUCAAGCAUUACAAGAAACGGGCAGAAAUCCAACUGAACGCGUGUUAAAGAAAUACUGGCGCUCUGAUACUGAGGGCCUGUCAUUUGACGAUUUCGUCGAUAUCUGUCGUAAGGAGCCUGUCACAAGUGAAGAAGAAAUUAUGAAAGCCUUUCGUAAGAUUGACACUAAUGGAGAUGGUUUCCUGUCCUUGGAGGAACUCUUCAAAAUUAUGACCUCCAAAGGAGAAAAGAUGACAAGGCAGGAAGUCCGGGAAAUAAUAGAUGAGGUUGAUGAAAACGGCGACGGUAAACUGGAUUUCAAAGAGAGGAAAUUUUACUAUGAACAGUUCUGCAAUAUGAAUAAAAAUACAGCAGAUCAACUUCGGCAACAAAACCGCAAACGUCUGGAGAGGAUGGAAAGAGGGGACCGAAAAAGCAAGAAAAGCGAGAAUUUCUCCGACUCAAAGCGAGGUGAUGCUGCCUCUAUGGGCUCGCAGAUAUCAGUGAAAUCUAAUUCCUCACAACGCACUUUCAGUGACCGGCCGAUGUCUGCCAGGUCCGGCAAGUCUAUAUCUUCUCAGAGAUCGUCGAGGAAAAAGAUGGGAUCAACUGCGUCCAUUAAAUCUGAAUUUUCUGUAGAGGACGGAGGAACUUCAGAUAGUAAAAGGAUGGGGUCAUCGUCUUCCCUACGGUCAGAUUCGACCUUGAAGGCAGCAGAACAUGAGGAGGAGGACGCUAUGGAGGAAAUUCCUGAGGAUGUAGAUGAAGAUGACGAUGAUGAUGAUGACAUUCAAACGUCCAUGACACGAGCAUCAGAUGCCAAACGACACAGCAUACAGUCCACUGGGUCAUCUUUCAAACGCAGCACUGACUCUGAAUUGGGGUCAAGGAGUUCACUAAUGUCAUCCAGGGGGUCUUCUGUUCAUUCUUUCAAAACAAGGCAAGAUCCUACAACAGAGGUUGGGUUAGGACAAACCGUAACAGACGACUUGACUACUUCACCCCGAACAAAACCAGCAGCCUCCGUUAGGAGACUGGCAGAAGCAGACACAGCAUCUGGCUUACAUAGUUCUUCAGUAUCACUUCGUAAAUCUACUGGCUCUGAAUUCGGUUCUCAAAUGCAACGUGGUAUGAACAAAUCCUCAGCAUCUGUCCGUCAAUCUUUGGAUGCUGAAAAAGAAUCAAUUGUUCAGCAGUCCCUAACAGGUUCAUCAGCAUCCCUCCGCAAAUCUGUCAAUACUAGGUCAAAAUCAAAUGUUGGAUCAUCCGCAUCUAUCCGCGAGUCUAUUGAUGAAGAGCUGGAGUCAAACGCUCAGAAGAGCAUCAGAGGGUCAUCUACCUCUCUCCGAUCUUUGAAGGUUGAACAGGAAUCAAGCACUCAAAAAAACAUUAGUGGAUCAUCAACAUCUCUUCGCAGAUCUCAAGAUGCAGGAUUUGGAUCUCAAGUCACUGUAAAAUCCAAGCAGGCAGUGAAACCAGUGUUCUUCUCCUCCGAAGAAGAAUCAAACAGGAGACGUGAGGAUGACGAGGAGGAGAUUGAUGAAGAUGUUGAUGAUGAGGAGGAAGUUAUACCGACGUCUGCUAGGAGACGGAGUAGCGCCUCCAAAUCAGACCUGUCAUCUUCGUACAAAUCACGUCAUAAAAGCUCCGGGGAGUUAACUCAUGGUUCGCAUGCGUCGUUAAGAUCAGCCGGUAUGUCAGGAUCAAGGAGAUCUUUGCUGAGCGUUGGUGAGAAGGAUCCUAAUAGCACACCUGUCCCCGCACAACGAAAAACUCUUUCUCGCUCUCUCUUAGCUGAAGAUGAUAUGCCACGACCUUCACCAAGGUCAAAUAAAAAAGGCCAGUCAGUCAAGCAUGUCCCUGCCAGCAAACUAGGUCACCUCGCUGAUGAGCCAAAAAAUAAACGGGAUUGGGCCCACACCAGCAGUAAGGGCUGUUUCUUCAUUGACGACGAUGACGGCCUGAUGACACAUACCUACAGACUUAACCUAACAGAGAAAAGUAAAGUCUGGAUCACUAUUCAACCAACCACCACAAAAAAAAUGAUCAUAGGGGACACCACCCCAAUAGACACGAUGCUGCUCAUCGCCAGAAAGAGGCCAGAUUCGGAGGGAAGGUCUGUGGUCGGAUUCACAGAGAAACGGGAUGGCAAAGGGAAAUACGGUGUGAUGUGUGAGCUGAAGGCUGGGACCUACAAUAUAUUGCCAUUUACAACAGGAUGUCACCUAAGGGCCCGUCACUCCGACUCCUCAACAGAAACACCAUUGGUACGAAAAGACAAGGAUGGAAAAACAGCAAUAACCAAAGCAUUUAAGAAAGCCCUGCAGGAGAUUUUUGAACUCUGUGACCUUGACAACAACGGCUGUCUGAGUCGAGACGAAUUCACGUGGUUCACAAUGAGGACAAGUGGAGACAAGGUCACGGACGAUGAAUGGGACGUUGUUGAAGAAACUGUGGAGUUAGAGAAUGGUGAAAUUACCGAGGCUGGUUUUGUGAAGCUGAAUGAGAUGGAGGCUGACGAUGUAGAUGAUGACAUAAGUGACCUCUGGGUGACCUUACAGUCUAUGGGCUACAACAAGGAUCUGUUCAUCGACGAGGCCUGUCCAUUCAAACUGGAUGUGUUUGCGGAAGGGUGUGAUGAUGCGGAGGUGGGGCUCACCUGUACAGGAAUAGAAACAAUUAACAAUGACAUGAUCAUUGAGACAGUCCUGGAACAGGAUGAAGGAGUGAAGAUCAAAGGCAUGCGUGACCUCAACAUGUAUACAUAUGCUAAUGACACAAGGUCAACAGUGGUCUUGGAUAACAGGUCCAACAGCCGAGUGAAGAUGACCAUGGAUUGUACCAGUAGUAAAAACUGCAAGAUAAACCAGUCCCACGAGGAUUAUAAUAUCACCCUGGACCCCCACGAAAAACAAAUUGCACACCAUAUGAUGCCUAUGGACGAGACUUUGGACUGGACUCCACGCUGUGUAGAAGCCAUCACUAAAUAGCAGCAGGAUUAGACUAGGGUUACAGUUUUAUCAGCAACCAUCCCGUCCAUCUAUAGUUUACAUAUUUAUUCAUUGGUAAACAAUAUCUGUAGUUGAUGUUUAUCAUUGUGAAACGACACGAUAUACAAAAAGUUUAGUGUUUUGUAGUUGCAGAUAAAAAAAUGAGUUUCUUUUUAACUAUCGUUUUUUGGACUUGUUUACAUACAAUGUGUAUUAGAAUUAUGGGAUAGAUGUUUGUUUUUGUGUUUCAUUGUUUCUUAUGAUAACUGGUUAUUUUUUAAGGACUUGCAUGACAAAAUCAUAAAAUGUAUGAACUAUACAUGUUGGACUUACCAAGAGUUACCUCCCUGGCUAGAAUAACAGUAGUUCAACAUAAUCAACAAUUUCGGAUUUGCCAGUACAUUUAUGAUGUAUUUCAAAAAAUUUAAGAGAUUUACAUGGCAUAUAAGAUCUGUCUUAAUCCUUGCAUUCUUUUACGGUAACUCCCAGUAUUUUUGUCACUACACAAAAAAAUGAAAAUAGCAAUAUCCUGUAAUGUAGAAAUAUCGACCGAAAGCUUCAGUGGAAUUCCUACACAUUCAAGAGUUAUCUUUGCAAAUAUGCAUAAUACAGUUUGGAUUGAAAUAAACACUUAUGUGUUAGUGAUGUGAGUCCUCUUAUGUUGUCAAAAUAAAUAAUUACUGUGACAUUUUUUUUUUGGCAAACAUUCUUCAAGGUCAGUAUUCUCCCCAGGAUUUUAUGAAAGGCUAGUGAUCAGCCGACAGCAUUUGUAUAAAAUAGACACAUUUUUUAUUUUUUUUUAACUUCCAAUAACUGGAUAUUAGCAAAGUAUAAACAGGUCCUGUACUUGGCUAUUGUGGUGUCGGGAGAACAGUGGAGGAGACGUUUGAACCGGAAUGUUUCUUUUAAAUUUGUAGUGUUGUCUUCAAUCUAGGUAUCCAUGGUAACAGUACUUUUCUGUUGGUCUUCAACUCGUCAGCAUUACUUCUGUAAGUAAAGUGAAGCCGAUCUAGAAAAAACAAUUCUGCAUGUACAGACAGAACGAUCGUCUUGACCAAAGCACGGUCAUAAAGCUGGACAGACCACUGAACAUUUCGAAGCACCAUGUAGCUCUUCACUUUAACAAAAAUACUGUUUACCUGGAGAUUUUGGCUAUAGUUGAACUUUCGCAUUUUUUUUCCCUCCGGACGGGCAAAAUUAACACUACGCGAAAAUUGAUUUCUUUAGCGCAAAGGGCGAAAGUUUGAGGGGGGGGGGGGUGUUCCUGGUAUACAGUACCCAGGUGUUUAUUUCAAUAAUUGUAUAUUUGUAGUUUUCAAAUACCAAAAUUGUAACAUUCCAAAAAUAUCAUGUUUACCUAUACAUUGUAUGUAUGUUGUAGUAGUUGUAGAUGGUUGUCGUUAAGAUAUUUUUGCCUUUGAUAUCGAAAUGUAUUAGUCAGAAUCAAGAAGUUUAAACAGAAAUACUUAGAUGCACUCCAACAGUUUACGAGGUUCAACACGUCAAAACCCUUCUGACAAAUGUCAUGUCGCAGUCAGCUUAAUCAUAUCCAAUAAAAAAAAUGGCCGACCAGCAGCCUCUUACGUUAUACGAGUAAAUUUAGAUAUAGAUUUUUUUCACAUAAUUCAUGAAUUAUCAUGACAAACCCUCCGUAUUUAUAGAAUAAUACAGGAGGGGGAAAUAGGCAGGGCCGAGUCGGGACAGGUCAGAGUUUGGGGGGAAUAGGCGGGGCCGAGUCGGGACAGGUCAGAGUUUAGGGGGAAUAGGCGGGGCCGAGUCGGGACAGGUCAGAGUUUAGGGGGAAUAGGCAGGGCCGAGUCGGGACAGGUCAGGGUUUGGGGGGAAUAGGCACGGCCGAGUCGGGACAGGUCAGAGUUUGGGGUGAAUAGGCAGGGCCGAGUCGGGACAGGUCAGGGUUUGGGGGGAAUAGGCAGGGCCGAGUUGGGACAGGUCAGAGUUUGGGGGGAAUAGGCGGGGCCGAGUCGGGACAGGUCAGAGUUUAGGGGGAAUAGGCGGGGCCGAGUCGGGACAGGUCAGAGUUUAGGGGGAAUAGGCGGGGCCGAGUCGGGACAGGUCAGAGUUUGGGGGGAAAAGGCGGGCCGAUUCGGGACAGGACAGAGGUUGGUGGGAAUAGGCGGGCCGAGUCGGGACAGGGUAGAGUUUGGGGGGAAUAGGCAGGGCUGAGUCGGGACAGGUCAGAGUCUGGGGUGAAUAGGCAGGGCCGAGUCUGGACAGGUCAGAGUUUGGGGGGAAUAGGCGGGCCGAGUCGGGACAGGUUAGAGUUUGGGGGGAAUAGGCAGGGCCGAGUCGGGACAGGUCAGAGUUUGGGGGGAAUAGGCGGGCCGAGUCGGGACAGGUUAGAGUUUGGGGGGAAUAGGCAGGGCUGAGUCGGGACAGGUCAGAGUCUGGGGUGAAUAGGCAGGGCCGAGUCUGGACAGGUCAGAGUUUGGGGGGAAUAGGCAGGGCCGAGUCGGUACAGGCCAGAGUUUGGGGGGAAUAGGCAGGGCCGAGUCGGGACAGGUCAGAGUUGGGGGGAAGGGAAGAGGAGAGGAGAGGGGGGAGAAAGUUGAAUAAGAUGCAGUAAGAUAAGAAAAUUUCCGAUUUCCUUCUGUCUGUGAUAUUUUUAUAUGUACAAUAUAAUUACUGUUUUUCUUAUGGCAUGUAAUUUGUUGAUUUGUGGGCCAUGGUGUUAACAGUUUAUCAGAAACACAACAUUAUAUAUCUGCCUCAAGUUCUUUAUAUAUAUUUUUCCAUCUGGAGUUAUUCUGCCAGUUACAAAUAUUUCCUUAUGACUAUGACUUGUCAAAACAUCUAAGAACAGAGAAGUGUCAUCAUGGCCCACAGACAGAGGUAUAAAGUGCCAGUAGAUAUCGAAAUCUAGAAAUAAAAUAACAAAACAAUU